AUGUACACUACUAUAUCAGAUCUCAAUGUUCAUAAAAACGCCAUUCAUUCAAACGUGAGAUAUGUAUGCGAUUGGAGUGAAUGUCGCAAACAGUUUACAAGAAAACAGUAUUUACUUCAACACAAAAGUAGUGUUCAUUUGAAUGAAAGGCAAUAUUAUAAGUGCAAUGAAGAAAAUUGUGGCAAACAGUUUACUCGAAAAACAUAUUUAAAUAUUUAUUUAAAUAUAAUGAACAAAAUUGUUGCAAAAAUUUUCAAACUAAACGGGGACUCAUUCAACACAAAAAAAUUCAUUCUGAUGAAAAACCAUAUGUUUGUCAUUACAAUGAUUGUGGCCAAAGGAUGUAAUGAAUAUUAUUCAGACAAUACUGCGUUAAAACAGCAUAUAAUCGGUGUUCAUAUGAAGGGAAAGCCUGUCUACCAGUGCUCUCAACCAAACUGUGGACAAGUGUUUAAAAAGAAGUGUAAUUUGUAUCGACACAACCGUUGCCUACAUUUACAGCUAAAGCCAUUCAAAUGUAAUGAACAUAAUUGUGGCAAAAGUUUUCCUUAUCAAUCAGAUCUCAAUAGACAUCAAAAACGAAUGCAUAAGAAUUGA